AUGUCUGCACGCGUCUUAGACCUCCACCACCGACAGAGGGCGCUGUAUUCCCAGAAUACGACCGCGAUUAAUAGCGACACAAACUAUUUCCGGUCGCCGCGCUUUCGAAUGCAGACAAGCGGCAAUACGGCCGCGCGCAGAUGCGACAUCCGUCAGGCCCACGUGAAAAUCGAUUUUCCACGGUACACCAGCUGGAGCGAGCGACAACUCUCGACAAACAUAAAACAACAGUCGCUCAAGCUUUGCACAUCUCUUAUCGCCACG